AUGGGGUUCUUUCACUUGGGUCUUGUCCGCUCUGCCCUUGGCGGCAUCGGGAAGGGCCUGACAUUCCUCUUCAAAAGUCCACCUCACGAGAGCGAGAGGGUGGACUAUGGCGAGGUACUGCACGACGGUCGGAUGUGUCUCUUUGACGAUAUUGCUCGUCUUCGCCGUGGCCCGGAAGAUGGUCAGGAAGAGGGCUCGUCGUCCAUGUGGAACGAACUACGGCACGACUCAUCGUGGACUUCUAUGCGUCGCCUGACAAGGCGGCGGGUAGGUAGCCCUUCCAACACCGGGGACGUCCUAAAGGCGGUGCUGCAGAUCCUCCGCCCCGUGCCGGCAUUCAGGGAGGCACUUCUCGAGCUGCAGUGCGGAAACGUUCCGGGAAACAACGCGGUGUCUCUCAGGGCCAUGUUCGAGGUGGGCGACCGGUCGUCUGUGGACCCCGCGGCCGUCCUCGAGAAGCUCUUCAGCGAGCUCACACGCUGCACAGCACGUUUCAAUCGCACGACGUUGACCGAGCCUCUCAGGGCAACGGCGUGUAAGGUUGAGCGACUCUUCUUUUGCGAGUGCUGCGGACAUGGCAUCAGGCCAACCUACAGCAACAAUAUCAUCAAGGUCGCGGUACCAAACCCCGUCCCCGGGCCGACCUCAGGGAGCGUUGGACGCUACGCUUUGGUCAACUUGCUUAGCAAGGGACUGUUUCAUGGCCCCUCCGAGUACUGCGGGUGGUGCUCGCAAAACGAAACUGGGGGCCUUAUGAAUAUUCGCUGGCAGUACCUUCGGGACGCGCCUUCCACCCUUCUGUUCUCUCUGGAACGAUCUCGCGAACAAAGGAACUCCCAAGAUGCCGUGAAAGUGAUUAUCCCCACCAUCCUCGGCAUGAACCGCUUCACCGAAAGACGAGAUCCUCCUGGCGCGAAUUGCUACGAUCUGGUCGGUGUGAUACACGGACAAAGUUCCGCUGCCUCUUCGGACUGGGUGGCCUACACCCGCUCACCGGGCGGAAGGUGGAUUCGCCACAACGGCCAAGACGAGGUCGAUGUAAACGAGCGGGAUGUCCUGACCAACAACGCCCACAUACUGCGCUACGCCAAGCGCGGCAGUGUCUAG